CUGUACAGUAGGCUCAUUAUUCUCGAGUCUAAAAACAAUCGGGGUGGCCAGGAGAGAUCGGCGCGUCAUUGUUUCUGUGGAGGCACAGAGGAAGGUUGCAUCCAACUGGUCUUCAGCAGCAUUUCUCAGCAGCUCCCUUUCUUCACGACUUCAAUCAUUUGUAACUUCCCGACGCGUCACGAUUGUAACCCACAAAUCAAACGUUGUGGUUGCUGUUUCACUUAGAUCCCCUUUGCGGUCGGACAGGUAAGAUCCCUCUGUGGUUGUUGUGGACAAGUCGUGAGUGGUGCUUUCUUCUUCUUCUUUUCUGUUGUGAGAGGGGAUUGAUUGGUCGACUGAGGAGGCAGAAGUUGGAGGUUCAUCAGGAGGAGUUCACUAACGAGAACAACACUUCAGCACCAAGGACAGAUCCUUAACAGCUGGCUGGCAAACAUGCUGAAUGUGAGCAACAUCUGGAUUCGGCUAUGUCUCAUGAAGCCCGAUGCGCUCUGCGUGUAGUCCACCGAUGCGCGGCUAGUGCAGAGAAGACAUCCAAGGAGAAAUAUCUUCAAAAAGGAAAAAUAUCAGAAAUGCUGUGCUCAGAAGACUUAAAAGUAAUCUGCCUUCAGUCCUUGUGAACCUCCAACGAUCUCUUCUUUGACCACCUAGACCCUGUGGCCUGAUCCUACCAUGCUGCAUGCAGUGUUCUGCACCAACUGGAGGGCCAGAUUUGCCCUUUAUUGGCCCUUUCACAUUUUCCUACUGGAGGUAAUGAUACCUGGGGUCCUGCCGAGCAUCUCCAGAUUACCACCUUCAGCCAAACGUGAGAUCAUCAUGGAUGGGGACUUGGUGAUUGGUGGCCUGUUCCCUGUGCAUGAGAAAGGCGAUGGGACAGAGGACUGUGGGAAAAUCAAUGAGGAGCGAGGCAUCCAGAGACUGGAGGCGAUGCUUUUGGCUCUUGAUGAGAUUAACUCCAGCGAUCACAUCCUUCCUGGGCUCCGUCUGGGCGCCCACAUCCUGGACACUUGCUCCAAGGACACCUAUGCUCUGGAGCAGUCCCUGGAAUUUGUCAGGGCAUCCCUCACCAAGGUGCACGAUCCAGGCUUCAUCUGCCCUGACGGCUCCAGACCAAUCCAAAAUGAGGUUCCACUGGCCAUUUCUGGAGUUAUUGGAGGAUCAUACAGCGAUGUCUCAAUUCAGGUGGCCAACCUCCUACGUUUGUUCCAAAUACCUCAGAUUAGCUAUGCCUCCACUAGUGCAAAGCUCAGUGACAAAACUCGCUAUGACUACUUUGCUCGCACUGUGCCCCCAGACUUCUACCAGGCCAAGGCAAUGGCUGAAAUCCUGUGUUAUUUCAAUUGGACCUACGUAUCAACAGUAGCAUCUGAGGGCGACUACGGCGAGACCGGCAUCGAUGCCUUCCAACAGGAGGCCCGCAGCCGCCAAAUCUGCAUUGCCACUUCAGCCAAGGUGAGCCGAAGCAUGAACCGGCAGGGCUAUGAGAAUGUGAUCCGCUCCUUGCAGCAGAAGUCCAAUGCCAAAGUGGUCAUCCUGUUCACCCGCAGCGAGGAUGCACGCGAGCUGCUUUCAGCUGCUGCUCGAAUGAACAUCUCAUUUAUCUGGGUGGCCAGCGACGGAUGGGGAGCACAGGAGAGCGUAGUGAGGGGCAGUGAGACUGCAGCAGAUGGGGCCUUUACCAUUGAACUGGCCUCCUACCCAAUCAGAGAGUUCGAAGACUAUUUCACAAAGCUGAACCCAUACACCAACACGAGGAAUCCGUGGUUUAAGGAGUUCUGGGAGCACCGGUUUGCCUGCAGCCUUCAGGAGCACAGCUGCAGUGAACAUAGCUUACGAGAUGGAACCUUUGAGCAGGAGUCCAAGAUCAUGUUUGUGGUAAAUGCUGUGUAUGCCAUGGCCUUUGCUCUGCAUAACAUGAGGCAAGCAGUAUGCUCCAACACAUCCAAGGUCUGUGACGCCAUGAAACCAGGCAAUGGCAAAAGGUUCUACAAAGAGUUUAUCCUGAAGACCAAGUUUGAAGCUCCUUUCAGACCCGUGGAUACUGAGAGCAUGGUACGCUUUGAUUCUGUAGGUGACAGCAUCAGUCGAUACAACAUCUUUCACUACCACAAAGAAGAGGGCAAGUUUGUAUACAAGAAAGUUGGCUACUGGGACCAUAUAUUGACUCUGAACACCAGCGUGGUACCUUGGCAUGGCCUCAUUCCUCCCACCUCCCAGUGUAGCGACCCAUGCAGGAAGAAUGAGGUAAAGAGCAUGCAGCCUGGAGAUGUGUGCUGCUGGAUCUGUAUUCCAUGCCAGCCCUACCAGUACCUGCAGGAUGAGUUUACCUGUGCUGACUGCAGCUUUGGUCAGUGGCCGUUGGCUAAUUUAACUGGGUGUUAUGAUCUGCCUGAAGAGUACAUCCGCUGGGAGGAUGCCUGGGCUAUUGGGCCUGUUACUAUCUCCUGUCUUGGCAUACUUUGUACUCUGACAGUUGUGGGUAUUUUCUUUAAGCACAAUGAAACACCUGUAGUCAAAGCAAGUGGACGUGAGCUGUCCUACAUCCUCUUGAUGGGAGUUCUGAUGUGCUACAGCAUAACCUUCAUCUACAUUACUAAACCUUCCACUGCUGUCUGUACGUUGCGAAGACUUGGCCUGGGGACCUCAUUUGCUGUAUGCUACUCUGCCUUGCUAACAAAGACCAACCGCAUUGCUCGGAUCUUCAGCGGGGUAAAAGACGGAGCCCAGCGGCCGCGUUUCAUCAGCCCGGCUUCGCAAGUGGUGAUAUGUGGGGCUCUCAUCUCCUGCCAGCUGCUGGUGGCCAUCAUCUGGCUGCUGGUGGAGGUGCCUGGGGUUCGGAAGGAAAUUAGUGCUGAGAGGAGAAACGUGGUUACCCUGAAGUGUAACAGCAAGGACAGCAGCAUGCUCGUAUCACUCACCUACAACUGCAUUCUCAUCAUCCUUUGCACAGUCUACGCCUUCAAGACGAGGAAGUGCCCAGAAAACUUCAAUGAGGCCAAGUUCAUUGGGUUUACAAUGUACACCACCUGCAUCAUCUGGCUGGCUUUCCAGCCCUUAUUCUAUGUCACUGCCAGUGACUACAGGGUGCAGACCACCACCAUGUGCAUCUCCGUCAGCCUGAGUGGCUCGGUGGUUCUUGGCUGCCUCUUUGCCCCCAAAAUCCACAUCAUCCUGUUCCAGCCCCAGAAAAACGUGGCCACACACAGAAUCACAACCAACCGCUUCAGUGCCACUGUAUCUACAUCUGCCUCAGCACCCAGCUCAAAAGGCUUGCCUGGCCGAUUUGGAUUUUAACUACAUUAUAUGAAGGAUCAGCCUCCAACUACGUGCCAGCAGUUUGUAACGGCCGCGAGGUGGUGGAUUCUACAACGUCUUCUUUGUGAAAAUGUUCCUCUGAAAGAACAAGAGACCAUCCCCAUCAUCAGUCGUCCUUCCAUCAAACGUAGGCCAACGUAUGACUGGGCACCCCUUCCCUUCCCUUGACAUCUCACAUGUUGCAGAGAGAUAACAGUCAGGGUAGAACGACUGGCGGCAACGAAAGCAACUCUAACUGCGAAAGAUAAAAGAUGUUCCCGCUUCCGAGCAGUAUGUAACAACUGUAAAGACUUUUUUUGUAUAGAUUUUAAAUGCUGUGAUCUCCGUUGGUUUACAGAUAGAUGUGAUUACCUGCACUGUGCCUUGUCUUUUAAGAGUCUUAUUGUGAAAUGGGUGGUUGUGAAGCAAUAGUGUAAUACAAAACGCUGUUCUUAUCUAGUUCUAACAGUGCUGUGAAUAUAUCCAAAUGUUUUAGACAUUGUCAAAAAAAAAAAAAAGAUGUUCUGAAGUGAAUUUAGCUCUUCUGUUAAAUGUGUGACUAACUUAUAGUGAAUGAUGAAAACUAGACCCUAUAAAGGACAUGUUUUACUGUAGGCUAGAUUAAAAGUGUGUGCUUUCUUGUAAUUAAUGUAAAUAAGAUGUUUUUUUAUAUUAAAAACUCAAUUAUAUUCGAACCCAAA